AUUUAUAUAAAUUAAUUUUGGUUCUUGCCAAGUUUUAUAGCUAUACCCAUAACUAGAAAAUAAAAAAUAUGCCAAUGGAGCGUUCAAACUCGUCGUCGGGCAGUUCAUCAAACUCUUCACCGUCCGCCGCCGCCUCACGGCGGCUGCGAUGCUCCUCCGCCUCCGUCGUAUCCAUACAGUGCUUGAAGGGCAGCUCCAAAGGCGACGAAUGGACCGGUGGCAUGUUGCAGACCGGAGAUAUCGUGGAGGAGCUCCAGUUAGGAACGACGAUCCAUAAGGCGCCGUUCAAGAACGGCGGUGCCGGCCUCCAGAAGCUCUUCCACCAAGCCUACAAGAUCAGUAGCACCUCCGUCCACGUCAGAGUCCGGCGGGGCUCCGACAAGUUCGCCGAGCUGCAUGCGUGCCUCGUCCCGAACCAGGCCGCCGGCCGGAAACAGUACAUGCUGAGGUCCAUCGACGAUCCCAACUACGCCGUCGGGUUCACCGAUCGGUUCGAGGACGAGUGCUUGGAUUUGCAAGUUUCAAGAACGGCAAGAAUGAUGGAUGCGUUGAGAGCAACACCGAUACAGAAUGGAUACGUAUCGUAUCAAUGGCCGAGGAGAGCGGCGGAGAUGGCGGGAGUGCCCAACUCCCGCACCUCUUACUCCAUGCUCUUCUUGCCCAUAGCCUCCCACAAAUCCACUCUCGGAUACAGUGAUAUCGAUGACACCAUUGCUAGAGCCAAUACCUGGCUCGGCGCUUCUCAAGCUUCCGGCGUCCCCAUCAUCCUCAUCAAUAUCCAGACUGAAUCCCUCCUCACUAAGAUAUCUGGAGAGAUGGCUUCUUGUAGUGUACAAACAGGGUCGCUGAUUUCUGAUUUGUCAAAUAUUGCGAAUGCAAGCUUGUACGGGUUUGAAGAUUACCAUGGAGUAGAUAUCGGUGUUGUAAGAGCUGUUAGGCUAUGGUUUUCCCCUCUUACAACAGAAUUUCCCAUCGAAAUUAAAAUCAAAGAUAAUGACACCAAAUUGGGAUUUUCUAUCAGUCGAACACAUGAGGGAUUUAUAUACAUAUCAUCGGUUCUAGAAGGGGAUGAAUAUGCAUCAUCCGCGCAAUCUGGUCUUGGAGACCUGUUCAUGGAAGCAAGUAGAAGGAAGAAGCUUCUGGUAGUUUCCAAAAUCUCGCAUCAGAAGGUUCUCCCCUGGCUGGUUUCCCCGACCGGCGCCAUCCGAUGCUACGACACCGUAUCAGUCAGCCAGAAGCUAUCUUUGCAUCGCCAUGCAAAGAUGCCCAUCCUCAUUCACGUUUUCCUUUGGGACCGCCUGGUUGGCGUUCCCAAAUGUCGCAGUGUUACUUCAGGCCGGUCCCUUGAGGAAUUGAUAUGGUGCGUAUGAAGAGGCCGGCCCGCUAAGGUCUCCAAGAUCCAAUCAGAUAAGAGACCCGACCCAUUCUUAAAACAAAUAGGCUUUGAUUUCUUUGUGUGUAUUUAUUAAGUUAUAGUGUGCGCGCCUUGUUGGGCCUGAGGGUUUUAUUCUUCUACCAGAAUUUCCUAGUAUAUACGUAGUAUAGUAUACUGUAUUGCUUACUUGUGAAUGAGGUUGAACAUUUGAACACCUAGUAUAAUUAGGGCCCAUUUGGUAACUUUGAAGUCGGCUGAAACUGUUCAAAUUUAUGAAUUUAUAGUUGAUGUGGUUGAAUUAGAUGAAUCUGCCG